UUCAUAUUCUCAACAUCGGCUUGGCGGGUAUUUCGUCGUUGGCACCGCCGCGAUGGCUCUGCCAGUCAGCGCGACAGCAGAGUGCUGGGUAUGGUACUGCCUGGCGAUCGGGGCGGUCGUUAUGAGAUAUCACAGUACCUCGUCCGCAAGCGCAGGUUCUUCGAUAAGAUUACUGUAGACGACAUAUUGAUGGCCAUCAUAGUACUGAUAUACACGACUUCGAUAUCCGCCCUGUAUAUCUACUUUAACAUUGAUGCCUCAACCGACUUCGAUGCCCUCACUCCGAACGAGUACGCUGCUGUUGGUCGUAGGAUGGGAAUCAUGAACAUUCUAUCCGAAACUUCGAUGCAAACAACACUUUGGGGUAAUAAGUGUUGUUUACUGCUAUUGUACAACCGCCUGACUCUCUUUGGUCAUUAUCGAAAGACAUGGGUUAGCGUUGCAGCUUACACCGGGUUCGCAUACGUCGCGGUCAUCGUUUCGCUAUAUGGAGGAUGGUGUAGGCCGUUUUCUGACUACAUGGAGCUCGAGCCAGAGAAUAUGGAAUGCUUAACAUGGAAGAACUACAACAUAUUGCAAAUCACGAUGAACCUUUCGACGGAUUUAGUGCUUCUUCUGAUCCCGGUCACACUGAUUAGUCAGUUGAAGAUGAAAAUCGGAAAGAAACUUCUUCUCAUCUGUCUUUUCAGCAUGGGUGUAUUCGUUAUGCUAUGCGCAAUCCUCACCAAGGUCGCUGUCUUCACCUACUCGACUGACCCCGUCUGGUUCAUGUGGUGCGUGCGCGAGACGAGCACCGCGAUGCUAGUCGGCAACCUCGUCCUCGGCAUGCCCAUCCUCCGCGCCGCGUGGCGGUGCGUCUUCCCUCAGAGCAGGAACGCGCCGCCGCGAGACGGGGAAUCCUCUGCGGGCACGGGGGAGACGUACGCGACGUACAACACGGCGAAAAAGGUCUCCCGCGUCGGCUCGGACGCCUGGUUGUCCCCGGAGCAGCAGCACCACGGGGGUGGUCCGUCUCAGUGGAACUCGCCUCCUGCCGCCAGGGUCGCGAUCAGUAGCGUCUACACGGAUUUUGAGCUUUACGGGAAGGCUGGGGCUAAGGAUGAGACUAGGGGGUUAUCAAUGGGGCCGGAGGAUGCGUGAUGUGGAAAGAGGGUUGGCAGGGCAGACUCGACUGGAUGCGAGG